UAAAUCGUUCCCAGUUAGAGUUGGGCUAGAAGCACAAACACACAGGAGAAACAACAGUCAAUUGAAAGGAUGUACAGUAGACAAUGCCAAUGUGGUUGGAGAUGGACAUUAUUCCUGCUCGUCGUGAGUGGCAUGUGGAAAUUAUCCUUGGCCUAUUUACCGGAUGUGAAUAUUUUUACCAAUUAUCGCACAGAGGUCUAUAAUGGUAUACCCUCGGAAAUCGAUACUACACCUUUUAUACGUAUUGGCGAUAACUAUUACUAUAUCGAGCCAAUCAAUAAGGUCAAUUGGUUUCAGGCUGCCGGCGCUUGUCGCAUGAUGAACGCCCAUUUGGCCUCCAUUGAGGAUAAGCCCGAGAUGAUGGCAUUGAUCAAGUAUAUGAAGGCUAAGGGAUUCAAGAAUAAUGAUUACUUCUGGAUAUCGGGCAACGAUUUAGGCACUGAGGGUGCUUUCUAUUGGAUGUCUAGCGGCAGACCGUUGACCUAUGCACCUUGGGUGGGGCCCAAACAGAUGCCCGACAAUUAUGGUGGCAAUGAGAAUUGUGUUCACAUGUUUGGGGCACGGGAACUGAUCAACGAUGCCAAUUGUAAGAUCCAGAUGCUAUAUGUUUGUGAGGCCACCGAGCCAAAGACAUUCAAAUUCACCUAUAUUAAGUGGUAGGAGGAAGUUAGCACACGAUUAUUUUGGCUUUCUCCUUGAUAUUUUUUUGUUUUUUUUUUAUUUUUGUUUUUUUUUUCAAUCUCACUUUUUGCAUCAUUUUGCUUUUACUUUGUCUGAGUUUUUCUUUUUGUCAUUUUUCAUAUUAAGUUGUUACGAUUUUUCACUUAAAUAUCUAUGAAUAUUGAAUAUGUAUACAUUAUAUUUAUAUAUUUUUAAAUUGUAUCGGCUAAUAUCGCAAACCUACGACUAAAUAAAAAAAAAUCAAUCAUCAUACACUAACAACAGGGUUGAAACGAAAAAGGAUUUAAUUUAAUUAUAAAGAAAAAGUGUAAGUAAGGGAAAUACCAAAUUAUUAUUUGGAUUAUACAUAUGCAAAAAGAUUCUACGAUCGUCAACUUCAAACAUUCAUAUUUAU